AUGUCUAAAUCGCUGCAGCUCAAAGAGGAGGGCAACCGCCACUUCCAGGCCGGCGACUACAUCGGCGCCGACGGCCUCUACUCCAAGGCCAUCAUCGCCGACGCCAAAAACCCGGCGCUCUACACCAACCGCGCCAUGGCCCGCCUCAAGCUCGGCCACUGGGAAUCCGUCAUCGCCGACUGCCAGACCUGCCUCGCCCUCUCGCCCCAGAACAUGAAAGCCCACUACUACCUCGCCCAGGCCCAGCUCUCCAUCUGCGACUACGACAGCGCUCUCGAAAACGCCCUCGCGGCGCACAAGCUCUGUGCGACCACAAACGACAAGUCGCUCGGCGCAGUCACCACUAUGGUCCUGCGGUGCAAGAAGGAUCGCUGGGGGGAUCGCGAGAAGAAGCGUCUGCGCAUGGAACGUGAGGUGGAGGACCGGAUGCUCGCUUUGCUGAGAAAGGAUCGCGACGACAUGCUUGCGACUGAGGGCGAUGAGACUGAACGCAGCAUCAUUGAAGAGGAGACAAACCAACAUAUGGCUCUCCUCAGUAGCGUCUUCGAGGCCGCAAGGGCGCAGAAUCAGAAGAAGCGCGAGGUUCCGGACUGGGCCAUUGACGACAUUAGCUUUGACAUUAUGGUCGACCCCGUCAUUACAAAAACAGGCAAAUCCUACGAACGCGCCACCAUCAUGGAGCAUCUCCGCCGCCACCCCUCCGAUCCCCUCACCCGCGAGCCUCUCUCCGCCGCAGACCUCCGCCCUAACUUGGCCUUGCGACAGGCGUGCGAGGAGUUCCUGGAUCAGAAUGGCUGGGCUGCUGAUUGGUAG